AUGUGGGAGGCGAAGCUGGAGCCCAAUGUCAUCAGCCACAACGCUGGGAUCAGCGCGUGCGCGAAGGGCAAGCAGUGGCAGCGGGCCCCGGCGCUGCUGAGCAAGAUUCAGGAGGCAAAGUUACGGCCCAACCCUAUCGGGUGCAGCGAUGAGACCAGUGUUUGUUGCGAGAGUGAGAGUGGCGAGCAGUGGCAUCGGGCUUCGGUACAGCUGAAUGAGAUACGUGCGACAACGCUUGAGCCGAGCGUCAUCAUUGAUACACGCUCGAAUGGCAAAGUAACACCCGAAGAGGCUGAUCUGACAUUACACGCGAGCGCUGGAAAUACUGAUGAUCCAGCUAGGUGUAUCGGGCAGGCUCGCAAUCGUGUGUGUUUUCAGGAAUUCACGUUCUCAAGCGCCGUAACGGGAGCAAGCGUACUUACCGCACCAACCAUGUACGACGUGGCAGUGUAG